AUGAGUUAUCUGGAUGAAAUAGCCCCUGAUGUCAUCACCCCUGACAAUCAGAAUGAUAUGGCUCAACCAUUGAAAUACCUCGAUAAUGUCAUUGCAUUAUAUGACUUUCCUGGAACUCAACCCAACCAUUUACCUUUAACUUUGGGUGAUACUAUUUAUGUCUUAUCCAAGAACGAAAAUGGUUGGUGGGAUGGUAUCACCGUUAGCACAUCUGGAGAGAUCACAAGAGGUUGGUUUCCUAACAAUUACGUCCGUUCAGUGAACUACGUCCAACCAAUUUUGAAUAAAUUGAAAUCUAAUAAGGAAUUGGAUAGUAUAACUGCUGCCAACACUGCUGCUAACGUCUUAAUCCCCAGUUUCACCAGUUACCUCCAAAAGAAUUUAACAGAGGAACGUUCAAGUACAGGUAACUCCAGAAAGAACUCCAUUGUGAGUUUUGCCAGUUCAGAUGAUGGUGAAACUGACCGUAAAGAGAAAGAGGAAAAAGAGAAAGAUUAUGAUCAUGACCAUUUCAACUCAGUCAGUACCAUUGGUACGGCAUUAAUGGAUACUUCAGAGAAUUCCCUUGAUGUUGAUGAUGAUUUCUCCCAUGACCAAUUCCAGAUAACCCCUACUGACGAGGCAGAAAAAUUAGUUAUUGAGUAUAGAAAGACUCAUGGAUCUACACCUACUUGGGUGAGUAAACCAACCAUUGAUGGGAAUUUGAUUUAUUAUUCCAAGCAGUUGGAAAUUUAUUGUACGGAAACUCCAUUGUUCUCCAUUGGUUUGAAAGAUCUUGCCAAUAUAAAUUUCGAAGUUCCUAGUUAUGAUAUCUUGAACGAUACGAAUUUAAUCAUUCAGGGCCAUAAUCUUAACCUUACUGAAGAUGACUUGAACUAUAAUGAUUUGAAAAAUGACACAAAACUCAACAAUUUCUUGAAACGUGAUUCCAACGUUUCUAUAAGUUCAACCAAUUCAUCUAAUUCUUUCAAUAGUUAUCAUCAUUUCAUUCAUCCUUUAUAUUCCAUGGAUGAUUUAUUCUACUACAACCCCACAGACAUUAAGUAUUGGACGGAAUUAAAGGACCAAUUCUUCUAUUUGUUAGACCUCAGUUUCAAAUCCAUCAAAGAUGCCAACAAACAAUUAUUCUAUAAGAACUUUGGUCGUCUUAAUAAACUCAUAUCAUUAUUAGCAUCAUCAGUACGAUUAUCCCAUCAUGAUUUCCAAGACGGGAAGUAUGAAAACAGUAUCAAACGGAAAUUCAAGCGGAUUUAUUCCAGUUAUAGUCAAAUCUAUAUAAAUUCCAUCAUUCAUUUGAGUUACUUACAUUAUGAGAAUUCCAGUUCUGAUGCCCAAUUAUUCAGUUACGACUUAUCUAAGCUUAAUAAGUCCACUUCAAUUUCAAUGUUCAACAAUUCCGUUUCCACCAAUGCAUCGUCUAUUUCCACCCUCAAACAAUUACCUAUUACCACCAUGAGAGAAGAUGAAGAAGAUCAAGAGUUAUCUAAUCUUCAAGUUAUAGAGUUAGAAAUCAAUUAUAUCAAGUUAAAUCUUAGUGGACUUGUUAAGAUCUUUCUUAGGGUUACUAAGGAUAAGAAGUUCAAUGUUAGGGAUUAUGAUGGAUCGGAUAGUUCCGAGAGUGAAACUUUUGAUGAUACCGAAGAUAUGCCUCAACCUCGUCAAAGUACAUAUAUGGAUAAAUCAAGGUUUAAUAUCCUUCCUCAGAAUUAUCCUCGAUUGAUCUUUAAUGAGUUUAAUGGAGGAAAUUGGUGUAAUCCAUUUUUUGAAUCAAGUAACUCCAUUUUCAAUGUUAGUGGUGAUGACCUUAAAAAUAAAUAUCAUCAAAAGAUUCUCAUCAACCGAGGCUCCUAUAAUACUGUGAAGACGGUUAUAGAUGAGUUGAAGGUGUUGAGUCAAGAUACCCUUCAAUUGUUACUGUCAGAGAAUCAGCAUUUGUACUAUAAUAAAGCAUUGAAAGAAGAACGGAACAUUCAAUUGUUAAGACUUAUUUACAAAUAUCUUUUCCAUGCUAGUUCAUUGGUAGAUAUACUUGAAAGUUUUGACUUCACGGUGUUCUGCUUGAUUAAAAGGUAUAAUUCUCAAGAUGAAGAUGAAUCUCAAGCAGUGAUGAAUCGUUUCAAAAAACAACAAGAGAUCCAUGAUGAUGAUGUGGUGAUGUCAGAAGCACCUAAAGAUGACCAUUUCCAAUCCAACUUAACUUUUGAUUAUCCUGUGGUGUUAGAAUUUUUCCAUUUCAAACAACAAUUCCAUUACCUCAUUUCCAACAUUAUUAUGUCCACUCAAUCAUUGACUUUAGAGGACCCCGAUGUAUUCAAAGGAAUGAAAGAAGAAGACAAUCCAUUGUUUUACAAUCGUGAACUCAUGAGAACCCCUAGUCAAAAGGCUACCAUGUUGUUGAAGAAUCUUCUUAUUAAACAAUUGACUAAUAACAAAGGAGAUUCCAUUUCUCUUAACCCAGAUACUUUGAUGGUAUCUUAUUUGAAACGAGGUGAAAAGUAUUUCCAAGACCUUCUCCCAAUCAUCAAGAGUUUAAUUGAUGAAAGAGAAACCAUCAUCAAUUAUGCCACUAGAGUUAUGCAUGAUGAUUUCAAUGGUCAAUUGUUGGUUAUUGAGAGGAAUAACACUAUGGGAUCUCAUGAUUCUAAGGAUGAUGGAGGGUUCAUGACAGGUAAGAAAUCAAGUAAGGAUACUCCAUGGUAUUUGGAAGGAGAUGAUGAAUUCGAUCUUCUUUUGGAUAUGAAAGGUAAUGUCAAAGGAGGUAGUAAAGAAGCAUUGAUUUGUCAUUUGACACAUCAUGACUUAUUCGAUAGUACUUUUAACACCUCCUUCCUCCUAACCUUUGGUAGUAUGAUGUCGGUCAAUGAACUUAUCAAUUUCCUUAUCCUUAGAUUUAAUAUCGGUGCCCCUGAGGGGUUGAGUUACGAAGAGUAUAAUCUUUGGAUUUCAAAGAAACAAAACCCAAUGAGGAUCAGAGUGUUAAAUAUUAUGAAGCUUUUAUUAGAAAAGUAUUGGUCUAAAUCUUAUUAUAGUGAAACAUUGAUGGACCGUUGGUUAUCAUUCUUACAAAAUAGUAAUGUUCUGACAUUUUCAAUAUCCAAAACCUUGAUCAAUCAUCUUCAGAAGUUGAAGAAAGGUGAAGUGGUUAUGAUUGAAAGAGAACCAGCUAUCCCCAAGACACGUACACCUGCUCCUUUAGUGAGACCUUCAUUGGUGAAAAAAUUGAAAUUGUUAGAUAUCGACUAUGUGGAAUUGGCUCGUCAAUUGACUAUCAGAGAAUUCAAAUUAUAUUCUAAGAUCACUAAAUAUCAGUGUUUGGCCAAAGUUUGGGGGAAAAAAUCAGGAUUGAAUGAGAAUUUCGAUAAUAUCACUGACUUCAUUAAAUCUUCUAAUCAAUUAACUAACUUCGUGUCAUAUAUGAUCUUGAGGAAGGACGAUAUCAAGAAGAGAGUACAAAUUAUUCGUUAUUUUGUUCAAGUGGCAGAAAAAUGUCGUCAGUAUAAUAACUUUUCGUCCAUGACAGCUAUCAUCAGUGCGUUGUAUUCAUCACCAAUUCAUAGAUUGAAGAAAACCUGGAACUUUGUGUCAACUGAUACGUCCACCCAUCUUCAAAAUAUGAACAAAUUAAUGAACAGUUCUAGAAAUUUCAACGAAUAUAGAGAUGUGUUGAAAUUCAUAGGUUCAGAACCUUGUGUACCAUUUUUCGGAGUUUAUUUAAGUGAUUUGACUUUCAUUUAUCAUGGUAACCCGGAUACUUUAUUGAAUCGUUCUAGAAUGUUGAAUUUCUCCAAGAGAGCUAAAACCGCUGAUAUUUUGAUCGGUUUAGAUAGAUUCAAAAAUACCGGUUAUAAUUUACUAUUAGUACCAGAGAUUCAAAAAUAUUUGGAAGGAUGGUUCGAUAAGUGUCCAACUAUCGAUGAACAAUAUCAAUUAUCAUUGAACUUAGAACCUAGAGAGAACGACAGUUCUAAGAAGACUUUCCCUUUUUCGAAGAAUUAA